AAAAGAGAAAAAAACACAAAAAUCCCCAUCCCCUUUUUUUUCAAAACCUUUCUCUAUCGAUUUAUAAUAAAAACUCUCUCAUUUCAAUUACCAAACAUCUUCCUCUUUCUCAGAUCAUUGGGAAGAAGAAAAGCUCCAGCUCGAUUUCUAAAUUCAUCAACCAUGACUUCACAAGCUUGUCUUCUUCUUCAGAAACAACUCAAAGAUCUUUGUAAGCAUCCUGUAGAUGGCUUCUCUGCUGGUUUAGUCGAUGAGAAGAAUAUAUUCGAAUGGAGCGUUACUAUUAUCGGUCCUCCUGAUACUCUCUAUGAAGGAGGAUUUUUCAAUGCCAUUAUGUCAUUUCCACAAAACUAUCCUAAUAGCCCGCCUACCGUGCGGUUUACUUCAGAUAUUUGGCAUCCGAACGUUUAUCAAGAUGGUCGUGUCUGUAUAUCUAUUCUACAUCCUCCUGGUGAUGAUCCGAGCGGGUAUGAGCUUGCAAGCGAGCGUUGGACGCCUGUUCAUACAGUUGAGAGUAUUAUGUUGAGUAUUAUAUCAAUGCUCUCUGGUCCCAACGAUGAAUCUCCAGCAAAUGUAGAAGCUGCUAAAGAAUGGAGAGAGAAGAGAGACGAGUUCAAGAAGAAAGUGAGCCGUUGUGUUAGAAAGUCUCAAGAAAUGUUGUGAUCAAACAAACAUACACUUUUCACACUUUGAACUCCAAACUUCUCUGGAGUUUCAAAAGUUCAUUUUUAUCUUAUCAAGAGAAAUCCCUUUUGAAAAACUGUCCAAACACUACUUGUAAUAAACCCGUCUUGCAUCUUUUAAUCACGUUCCUCCAACGUGAAAUGAAGUGUUUGGUCGAACAAAAAAAAAGUGUUGAUCUUCAGAAACUGAACAUUAAGAUUUAUACUAUUCAUACGUUCUAUGCUGAAGAAGCUUUUGUUUA